AUGAUCAUAGACCCUAGACAGCCGCAAAUAACAGCACUUGGCUUGGAACUGCCCGAGCAAUCUCCUGAGGAAGUUGCAAUCGUGUACCAGAACAAAAUGAAGACUGGCGGACUGACUAUACCAGUUUCAUUGCAAAUGGCUCUGGACAACUUACAACCCGAAGACUGUUCUUCAAUGAAUGGGAGCUCUAUUGGUUAUACGGUGCCCGUUUCCUCCCAGUUGGUCACGGCUCCCUCAAUAGGAAGUGAGCGUGAAUCCCAGAUGCCGCUUCAAUAUGAAGAUAGGCCUCCUUGUUUAGAUGAUCAAGAACAGCAUUGGGACGGAGAGGAAUUGAGAAGACUGCUGGAUAUGAAUGUUCAUCUAUUGAACUGCCAGCAGAUAGUCUCCCAGAAGCUGAUUAUGCUGGACAAAAUGUUUCCUACCAUCGCGGUGAACAACCUAGAGACGGCCCUUCAAAGCCUCUUGGAUUACUCACAACAAUUUCUCGAGGUCGUGACGUUCUCUAUUCUGAGAGAGAUUACUUUUACAACAAAUGGCGCCACAUCCAGACCUGAAACAGUAUUUGUUUCGCAAGCGUGGUUCGACAUCCAUAUAUCAUUAGUACUGGCUAUCAUCAAUUGCUAUGCUUGCUUGAUGGGGAGCUAUCAUUUAAUCUUCUCAUACCUUUUAAAAGAGCUAAUAGCAUGCUCACCUCAACCAUCGCCGACCUUUCCAAAUUUUACCUUUCCCACCCUUCUUACUGAUGGCGAGCCCAGUCGUAAGUUACAGUUGCGAUUAAUUUUCAAUAACGGCAUUCGCAUGCUAGCACGCCUGGAGGCGGGUUUGGGUCUACCAGAACAGUACUCAGUUGCCUGUUUGCCAGGGCAAUCACGUCACCACGAUGGGAUUUUACGCAGCCCGUCUGCUAUGGUCUUUCUGGACAACCUUACAAGCCAAGGAUUCAGACUGUACGUUAAUGGACCUGCAACGGGAAAGAAGUCGUCCAAAGAAAUUGUGCAGGCUAUACAUCAAUUUCUAGGCCCUGCAGCCUGA